CUCAUUGAGUGCGUCAUGUUUGACAGUGGGCGUCCCGGAGGACAGGAGCCUCCCUCUCUGCUGCCAGCGCUGAGCUCCACACAAGGCGAAGAGGAGGAGAGGACAGAGGCAGCAGCUAGAGUGGACGCUGGCCGGAUGGUUAAAUCCAACCUACAGACGAUUUUGAAUAGUCAUUGUUUUGUUAGAGAAAAAGAGAGAAACUUAUCCGAGAUGCCUGUGAAUGAGCAGUCCAGUAAUAAACCUGAGAUUGGAAGUAUCUCCAGUCCCAGGAGGUGCUCCCGCUGUUGCAGUAACCCGUGUCCGGGGCCUCUGUGGUGCUCCGAUGCCCCUCUCCCACCCCUGAAGAUCCCAGGUGGGCGAGGGAAUGAUCAGCGGGAUCGCAAUCUUUCAGCUAAGCUAUUCUAUUCCGAUGCUCAGUUGCUGGUUCUUGAGGAGCCUCCUCCAGCGAACGGCAGAGUACGUUUCUUGCUCUUUGAGCCCCGCCGCUCUGAAGGAAAGCACUGUGUCUGGAGGGCGGCGCUGAAAGGGGGGAACCUUUACGUGGAAAUCCCUCCUGGAGCUUUGCCCGAGGGCAGCAAAGACAGUUUUGCUCUUCUGCUGGAAUUCGCUGAAGAGCAGCUGCAAGCUGAUCACGUAUUCAUCUGCUUUCACAAGAGCCGUGAUGACAGAGCAUCCCUGCUGCGUACAUUCAGUUUCCUGGGCUUUGAGAUUGUGAGACCGGGUCAUCCCCUCGUCCCUUCCCGCCCCGACGCUUUCUUCAUGGCUUACAGCAUCGAGCGAGACUCCUCCGACGACGAUUAAAAUGACGCUGAGCAGUUACAAAUGUUUGUUGUUCUUAUUUCAAUCCAAACCCACACGUCUUUUUUUUUCAUUUUUGGAAAUCAAGAUAUUCUCCAAGUUUAGUACAGUUGAGGCUCUUCUUUCGUUUUACCUUUACCUACCACGUGCUGUGUUUCAUUGAUAUUUGCACUAGGGUAAUAUGUUAAUGUACCAGGAAUGUAAAGCAAGCACCCAUGCAACAUCUGGGCUGUGCAUCCUCACCACUGUAUUACUCUCUAUGAUGUGUAGUGUUGACUUUACUGUUCACCCUCUCUGAAUUGUUUCCACAGUAUAUUUAUGGCAAAUUCAAAGUAGAAAAUGUUUUCACAGUGAUUAUCAGUUGAUUCUCCUGUUAAUAUUGUUUUUUUUUUAAUGUGUGCAUGAUUUUAAUUAGUUUUGAUCCACUUGAUAGAAAUCUGCAUGUUGUAACUGUACUAAAUAAAAGUGCUCACCUUAAAAAGUGG